ACGGGCGUGCGUCGGGUGUAAGAAUAUGAAAGCUAAGUGCGACUGUCCCAGCACUAGUAUAUCAAAGUCGAGCAAUAGUAAUAUUCUAUUGCGUUCUUCUGCUGUGAGUCCUGCUGAUAACGUCAUCCUAUCGCCGGGGGGCUCCAAUGACAAUGUCACAUUACGCAAAAAUGCGACAGCGUGUGCGCAAGACCGUGAGCAGGCGGAAUACGUCACUGAACGUUCCCUGAGGGAAAUUAUGAAAAAUGAAAUGGCAGAUAUGCUUAAAGUUUUCAUCCAGCAACAUGUGACGGAACAAUUCAUAACCGCCACUAACGACUUGUGUAAAAAAAUGGAAAAGUUAACUUCGACUUUAGAGAAUUUUAACGCGCGAAUGAGUAAUGUCGAGGAGCGUGUGGCGAUUGUUGAGAAACGCCUGGAUGCCACUGUUAAUCGCGAAGAUUCGGCAGCUUUUGCGAAUCUUCAAGCAAAAUUAAAUCAAUGUGAACAGGCUUGCAUUGCUAAUGACUUGGAAAUCACUGGUCUACCGGAAGAGAAAAAUGAAAGCCCACUUCAUUUGACGUCUAUCUUAGCCAAAAAACUUGGUGUUACCCUGGAUGAACGCGAUAUCGUCAGUGCUGAGCGAGUGGGUCGGAAAACUAUCGUAGCUGAGUAUGAGCGGGGUAAAGAAGAAGAUGCAACAGCAGCGCGACCGCGCGCACUUGUUGUCCGGUUGGUGCAGCGCGGCGCUCGCGACGAGCUGCUACGCGCUGCGCGGGUGCGGCGCGGCUUCGACUCUGCUGGCAUCGUGCCGGCCGCCGCCCCGCGCCGCGUCUACGUUAACGAGCGGCUAACGCGCCUCAAUAAACAGCUGUUCUACAGGGCACGCGAGGAAUCUCGUCGCCUAAAAUGGAAAUUUGCGUGGACCAAGAAUGGCACAAUUUUUGUCAGACGUGAUUACACCCAAACGGCAAUAAGGAUUCGCGACCAUGUAGACAUCGUGAGGGUUUUUAGUGAUAUCACAGUUAGCCCCAUUUAGAAAUCUUUACAUAU